UUUUUAUUUUUCCCGAAUUGAAUUAUGAAAUUGUGAUUUUCUUGAGUCAAAAUGAGAGUAGCCCUAAACAUUUAUUUAGGAAAAAAAAGCAAUGCAUACAGUAUAUCCUGCCCGUCGGUGAAGGAGCUCCAAGGUUUUGCCACCAUGAGGCCUCUGCAUCAUCAGCCCUGUCUCCUCCUAGUUGGAGAAGGAAACUUUUCCUUCUCUGCCAGUUUGUGUGAAGGGAGGAGCUGUGAGGCACACAUUGUUGCUACCUGCUAUGAGAGUGAAGAUUCUGCAACUAGACAAGCUGUUGCCAAGUCCAACAUACAAUAUCUGAGGGACAGAGGUGCUGAAGUUCUCUUUUGUGUUGACUGCACAAAACUGAAGGAGCAUUUUUUGCCAGCUGAUUGGAAAUUUGAUUGCAUUUAUUUCAACUUCCCUCACUGUGGGAGAAAAGCUGGAGUGAAAAAGAACAGGGAGCUUCUUGCCAGGUUUUUCUUUAGCUGUGCAGAGGUCCUGGCAGAGAAAGGUGAGGUCCAUGUGGCACUUUGCAGAGGGCAGGGUGGUACCCCUGCAGACCAGCAUGUGAGGGAAUGGCAUAACAGCUGGCAAGUAGUGGCUAUGGCAGCGGAGGCAGGAUUUAUUUUGAGCGGCGUUCAUCCAUUCAACAUCAGUAGUGCUUGCAGAUAUAAAAGUACAGGUUACAGGAGUCAGGAUAAAUCUUUUCAUGUAGAAGGAGCUUUGAAUCACAUAUUCACACAGAGUGUGCCUUUUCAGCAUCCCAAGCCUGUGAUCUGUCAAACAGAACUGGAAGGGAAGUUGGUUUCCUUCCUUGUUCCAGAGAUAUUUCUAGAUAAGAUUAACAGGGGUUUCCUGGAUACAAAUUCGGAACAUCCUAUAAGAACAAUAAACGAAAAGCUCACUGAGGAGCUUGGCAAGUCUUUCCCAGUUCAGAAAGUGAGUGCUCCUCUUUCCUUGAUGUUCCAAGAUCGUCACAGCUCUACUUCCACUCUGGAUGCCACUUGGAUGGUUCCUGCUGCCAAAAGUAACCCAAAAGCCAAGUCUGUGGUUAAUAAAACUGCAGCGGAUACAGAGGCCUUUGCCUUUCCUUCUGGCUUUCCUGGCUGGGAUGAUACAGAUCAGGGUGGCAACUUGAUCAGCUGGGAAAGAGAUUGGAUCUUUGGACAUUAUUGUCUCCAACCUUCCUUUCUGGUUUCUCUUCACAGAACUGUACGAGACAAAGAGCUUCCUCUGGGGACUUUCCUGGUCCUCAGUGGGCUGGCAUUUAGGAAAUGCAAGCUCUCUGCUCAUGCACUGCCCAUUUUUCAUGAGUCCGUUUUUAUCUGUGUGGUUAAUAAGGGCACAGAAGAAGCGUGUAGCCAGCUCCUUGCGGAAAACCUUACAAGUACUUUAAGUGCACUGCUCCAGCCUUCAGGCUUCAAGCUAGACUGUACAGUGGACAAGCCAAAGACACAGCUAAAUACUUUUGCGAAUCCUGAACUUCAGCUCCUUAAAUCAAAGUACUUUUUCAGUGUGACCCCUGACACUUCUGACCCAGACCCAAAUAAACUUUGUGUAGGUACCGUAAGUACAACGCCAUGGCAGCCUACAAGCAUUGAUCGAGAAAUUAUUUGCGCUUCGCUGAACCUUGAUCUUCUGGCCAUGCAUGUAUGUGAAAUCUCUGACUGGCGCAUGCUCUGGACUUCUGAUGAGCGCUUCCUAAAUCAGUUUGCAGGUGGGCAUUUAGGUCCGUUCAAGACCUUUUCCCUCUACCCAGUCUCCUACGUUCAUGACAUCAGCUUCUGGGUUCCGAAACCAGAAGAGUUUAAUGAGACUCAGCUCCAUGCCAUUGCCAGGUGUGUGUCUUCUGAAUCAGUGGUGUCCAUCCAACUGCUCGACAGCUUUCGGCACCCAGGCACAGGGCAAACCAGCCUCUGCUACAGGAUCACUUACCAGUCUUGUGACAAAGCACUCAGUCGCCAGCAGGUGGCAACAAUGCAGAUGAAGCUUAGGAAAGAAGUACAGCGCUGUCUGCACGUGACUCUUAGGUAGUUCUUUAUCCUCAUUCUGUGCAGACAGGUUUUAUUGGACUCCAUAAUUCAAAUUAACUGUGUGUUAACAUCAGGCCAACCGUAGUAAGCCUUUUAUAAAGGCUGGAUGGGCUUGAAGGUGGUGCAUACCCCACCUUUUUUCUAUUUUCCUAUUUAAGGCAAUAAAGUCAAACACUUUAUAAACCUUGUUUAACUCUUGUCACUCUCAGUGAGUUCUUUUUGGAAGAGGUUAUCCAUUGCAGGCCGAUGCAAUUGUAUCUAGCGCCCGUUCAAAAGCUUAUAAAGGCUGCAGGUGGUCAGAGAAAAUAAUACAGGGCAGUUUCAUUUAGUCCCACCCACUCUUGUUUUGCUUAUUUGGAAUGGCAUAAAUGGAAAUGCUGGAUAUGUAACUGCAAGAUAUGUAGGGUUAAGCUGUUC